CUUGAAGGUACUGGAGAAAUUCUUGGAGGGUAUAAUUCUCUUGAGUGGGAAAAGAAUAAUGAUCAAAGGAAAAGGACCAAAGAAAAUUUUAUAUUUUCAUUAAAGACUGCAAAUAUUAAAAAUUCCAUUUUAAGUAGAGCAUCUGAAUGUGGUUCUGUUAAUAAUUAUCCAAGUAGUUCAGAGUUGAGUUUUGGCUAUGCUUUACGUUUAAUUGACAAUUUAAAAACUGAGAAAAGAUGUUAUUGCAUGAAUAGUAGAAAAUAUCCUAAACCAAUUCGUUCUAGUGAAUUUAUGUCAAUAUCACCUGGUUGGGGAAUUUCUGAAAAAUCUUUAUUUUCAGUUGAAGAAUAUGAG